CGCCCUUCUUUUAGCAAACUACAAAUCCACAACUUUCCGCUGCAAAGGAGCUGACGUUGGUGCUGUUUUUUUCCCGCAGAAUGACAAAUUGUAAUAUAUUUUCUGAUCAUAUUUAAUCGUACGCGUAUAGUACCCGCUAGUUUUGAGCUGUAUUGCUUGGUUGUUAUUGUCUAGCGCUCGCGGUAGUCAGGAUUUGAUGCAUAAAGAGCCGAUGUCAUUUGAUGAUGCGGGGCCGAGAGCGGGUGCCUCUCCGGAGGCUGCGGAUUUGCCUCUGCCUCAAGACUCCGCGGGGAAACAUGCCGUGUCAGUUCUCUGGUCCUUCGGAAAGUGCGUCGCUGCCUUACUGCCAGUCUACCUGGCUGGAUAUUUCGGAUUCAGCAUCUUUUUAGUUUUACUCGGUCUUCUGGUUUACACAGGAUGGAAACACGGUCGCGAUGGAAAACAAGCGCGAUUGUUAAGCGCAAUGUAUCUUUUGGAGAAUGAGCAGGAUGUAAUCCCUACACGGGUGUUUCGAAGUAAACGGGACUUACCGGCAUGGGUAAACUUCCCUGACGUGGAAAAGGUUGAAUGGAUUAAUAAGAUAUUGCAGCAGGCCUGGCCGUUUAUUGGACAAUAUCUGGAAAAGCUGCUGGUGGAGACUAUUGCCCCUUCGAUCCGAGCCGCCAGCGCUCAUCUGCAAACUCUCAGCUUCACCAAAGUUGACUUGGGCGACAGGCCUCUGAAGGUAGUUGGGGUGAAGGCCUACACUGAGCAUGAUAAGCGUCAGGUGAUACUGGAUCUUUACAUCAGUUAUGCUGGAGAUGUGGAGAUUAACGUUGAGGUGAAGAAGUACUUCUGUAAAGCUGGAGUGAAAGGCAUUCAGCUCCAUGGAAAAUUGAGGGUGAUCUUGGAACCUCUAAUUGGAGAUGUUCCUCUUGUUGGAGCCGUCACCAUGUUCUUCAUUCGCAGACCUACACUUGACAUCAAUUGGACUGGCCUUACCAAUUUGUUAGACAUACCUGGUUUGAAUGCCAUGUCGGACACUAUGAUAAUGGAUGCUAUCGCCUCUUUCCUGGUUCUCCCCAAUCGUCUAACUGUGCCUUUGGUGGCCAACCUGCACGUAGCACAGCUGCGUUCCCCUCUCCCACGGGGUAUUGUGCGUAUCCACUUGCUGGAGGCAGAAAACCUUGCCGCCAAAGAUAACUUCAUGAAAGGGGUGAUAUCUGGCAAGUCUGAUCCAUAUGCAGUGCUACGGGUGGGAACCCAGACCUUUACUUCUCACCACGUGGACAAUAACCUUAAUCCUCAGUGGAGAGAGAUGUACGAGGUGAUUGUUCAUGAAGUACCUGGUCAGGAGCUAGAGCUGGAAGUGUUUGAUAAAGACCCUGACCAGGAUGACUUUCUUGGGAGAAUGAAGCUGGAUUUAGGUAUUGUAAAGAAAGCAGUUCUAUUAGAUGAGUGGCACACUUUAAAGGACGCAACAUCUGGUCAGGUUCAUCUCAAGCUAGAAUGGCUCUCUCUGCUGCCCUCUGCAGAGCGCCUUAAUGAAGUGCUAGAGAGGAAUAAAAACAUUACGAUAUCUGGUAAGACAGCAGAUCCUCCUUCUGCUGCCAUUUUAACUGUUUAUCUGGACCGGGCACAAGAUCUACCUUUUAAAAAAGGUAACAAGGACCCCAGCCCCAUGGUGCAGGUUUCUGUGCAGGAUACCACCAAAGAGAGCAGGACGGUGUAUGGGACUAAUAAUCCUGUAUGGGAAGAUGCCUUUACGUUUUUCAUUCAGGACCCACGCAAACAAGAUAUUGACGUCCAGGUGAAAGAUGAUGACAGGGCUUUGACUCUGGGUACUCUGUCCAUCCCCAUGUCCCGUUUGCUCUCCAGCGCUGAGCUCUCUAUGGAUCAGUGGUUUCAGCUAGAAAAGUCUGGACCGGCCAGCCGUAUCUACAUCACAGUUAUGCUGAGGGUGUUGUGGCUAAAUGAAGAAGCCAUCCUUACCACACCUGUGUCUCCAUUACCCGGAGAUGGAGAUGUUGAAACAGAAGUAUCUCCAGGGGUAACAAAUGUGACCCCUACUUUAAAACGUCCCGAGCACACUAGUCCAGACAGCAAUUUUGCUUCUGAGGGUGUUCUGCGGAUCCACUUGGUGGAAGCCCAGAGUCUUAUCGCUAAGGACAAUUUAAUGGGUGGCAUGGUAAAGGGAAAGAGUGACCCGUAUGUGAAGAUCCGAGUGGGAGGAAUAGCCUUCAAGAGUCAGGUCAUCAAAGAGAACCUCAACCCCACCUGGAACGAACUUUAUGAGGUGAUCUUGACCCCGCUCCCUGGUCAGGAGGUGGAGUUUGAGCUUUAUGAUAAAGACAUUGACCAGGAUGACUUUCUUGGCAGGGUUAAAGUAAGUCUCAGAGACCUCAUCAGUGCUCAGUUUACUGAUCAGUGGUAUACUCUAAAUGAUGUGAAAUCUGGACGACUUCACCUUGUGUUGGAAUGGGUGCCUAAAGUUUCAGACCCAACCAGACUUGAACAGAUUCUAAGUUACAACUAUCGUCAGUCUUACCUGAAUAAAACGGUUCCCUCUGUUGCACUUCUUUUUGUGUAUAUCGAAAGAGCACAUGGUCUGCCUUUAAAGAAGAGCGGGAAAGAGCCAAUGGUGGGAGUAGAAGUGUCUUUCAAAACCAUAUCCUACCGGACCAAAGUUUUCAAUCGCUCGACUUCUCCACAGUGGGAUGAAGCUUUUCAUUUCUUGAUCCAUAAUCCAACAGAUGACACACUUGUAGUCAAACUCUCUCACAGCUGGGGUCAGGCUCUGGGUUCACUUGUGCUUCCACUGAGAGAGCUGCUGAAUGAGAAGGAUCUGGUGCUGGACCGCUGGUUUAGUCUGGAUGGAGCCAUGCCUGAGAGUCAGAUUCUCUUGAGAGCUGAACUCAAGCUUCUAGACAGCAAGCUGGCACAGUGUAGUGAUGCGGAGGAUGCUAGUCAUGUGAUCCCCAGAGGAGAGGCAGCUGCUGCAGCCAAUCGUGAGCUCCGACACAGAAGUGUGCCCGCCCAAGGAGGUGAGGAUGCCAGUUCAUCCGUGAAUGCCCAGAUGAAGCUCUCUGUUGCCUACUCAUCUGAGGAGAACAGAUUGGUUAUAACCAUCCAUGCCUGCAGGAACUUGGCGUCCUAUUCUAAGGAUCCUCCAGACACUUACAUCUCAUUCAUUCUGCUUCCGGACAAGAACCGGCACACCAAAAGGAAGACCAGUGUUAAGAAGAAAAGCCUAAAACCUGAGUUCAAUGAGAGAUUUGAUUUUGACAUUCCACUUGAAGAAGCUAAGCAGAAACAUCUUGAAGUGUCUGUCAAGAACAGCGUUUCCUUCAUGAGUCGUGAAAAAGAGCUUCUUGGCAAGCUUCAGAUAGACUUGAGUCAGCUGGAUCUCAAGACAGGAGUAUCACAGUGGUUUGACUUGUCAAAUGAAACCAACUGAAUGGCCUUCCCAUGUUGACUUUAUUCGCAGUCGUUUGAAGUGAAGGUCACGAAUGUUUACUUAUUCUGGCACUAGCAGGGGUCGGAGUGUUCCUAAAACAAAGUGUCCUGAGUUUGACGGUGUAAGGACUAAGAUUGUAUCUUGCUGUGCAACUAGCUUUGACCCAAAAUAUAGCCUGCUUGAUUCCCAUCAUAAAGAAUGUUCACACAAGAAGGCUACGAGGAUGCCACCUUGAGUCAGCAUGACCGCUUGUUGGAGAAAUGUUACAUUUUUAAGUAUUUCGUUUUAAUGAGCUCCUGCACUUUAUGGGUCAUUGAGAAUGCAGCAAUGGGAAGUUGGAGCUUCUGUUCAGCUGUGAUUUUUAGUGUUUAUUACGUAUCAUUCCAACAUUUCAACAAAAAAUACUUUUGCAAUUGCUUCGUUCCAUAUCAUGCAUUUCAGAAGAACCAAAUUACAAAAUAUUAGUGUUCAGUAUUUCUUUUUUUUUUUUAAAGAAAAUCUAUGAAGAAGCCCGGAUGAAAGGAACAUUUUUAAUUGUUUCCUCUUUGAAAUCCCAGGCAUGAAAAGCGUUUUGUUUAGUUAUUAUGUGAGGACUUCUUUAUAUCUUUGUUUCACAUAUUUUUGCUUCAUGUUUGUGAGUUGACAAAUCAUUUUACACAUAUCAAAAAAGUUUCAAUCACUGUGCAACGUCUGUACUUGCCCAAAGAUUUUAAAUUUUUUUUUUUUUGCGAAUGUAUGUUUGAACCAAGACGUAUCAUGAAUAUUUCAAUUUAAAGUGCCAAUGAGUCUCUGAGAGACGUUGGUCAAAAAUGUUACAAAAAAUGCUUGAAUUGUGUCUUGCAGUAAAGAUUUAGUUUCUGAUGAGAAAGACGCUUGAAUAAACAGGUGUAGGGAGAAGAAUAAUGUUUUUAUUUUUUACUUUGAAAUGUUGUGCUUCUGCACCCUAUUAUUCUGUUCCUGUAUUGCAGUUUUAAUAAAUAUGCCAUUUGCACUUAAAA